UACCGUGGAAACCAGCCGCCCUCCCCGGCACAGCAACGGGAGCCCGAGCCGAGCCAGAGCCGCAGCUCUCCGCAACAACUAAGCGGGCCUUGCGGCCGUGGCUCCAGGGGCGGUAACCAGCGCCCGCCCAGCCCGAGGGAGGCAGGGAGAAAAGGCUUCGAGGAGGGGAACUAGAAAAAAGAAGACCCGGGGCACGUGCUCCGCCCAGCCCGGGCCCACCUGGGUCCCGGGCCACGCGCCAUGAGCCGAGGCCCCGAAGCCGGAGUCGGAACCAUUACUCGUCGCGCGGGGCCCGGGGCUUGGGGCUCCCAAGACGCCUGGGCCUCUCAGCGAGCCAGGUCACACCGCCUCCUCUAUCCGGGCCGCGGAGCCCCUGGCGGGGGUCCCUAGGCACGGAGCGCCUGGCCCGCCGCGCGCCCCCGCGCACGCCCGGGUGCCCGGCUCCUCGGCCCCGGCGGCCCCCGCGGCCCGGCCCCGUGGCGGCGGCGACCAUGCUGCCAAGCUCCAUCCAGAUCUCCGGGGAGCCGCUGUCCAGCGCCGAGGUGCGAGACAUCUGCCGCGGCCUGCGGGACAACGCCGUGCGCCUGCUGUCCCUGCGCGGCUGCCGCCUGUGCGACCGCGACUUCGCCCGCAUCUGCCGCGCCCUGGCCGGAGCCUCGUCCCUGGCACAGCUCAACCUCAACCUGGGCGUCGUGUCCAGUCCGGGGCGCGUCAAGCAGCUGGCUGAGGCCCUGCGGGUCAACCGCUCUGUCCAGUCCCUUUUCCUUCAUGGGAGCCCCCUGACUGAUGCUGGAUUGGCCCUGCUCAACCCUGCCUUGGCUCUGCACCCUGCCCUCGUGGCCCUAGACUUAGGUGACUGCAUGCUGGGGGAUGAAGCCAUCAACCUCAUCUGUGGUCUCCUGCCCCCUGAUGGGGCUAAGUCAGGCCUUAAGGAGCUGACCCUGAGUGCCAACCCUGGAAUCACCCCCAAGGGCUGGAGUAGACUUGCCAUCGCUGUGGCCCACAGCUCCCAAGUCCGAGUCCUCAAUCUGGACUACAACCCCCUGGGUGACCACGUGGCAGGGAUGCUGGCUGUGGCUGUGGCCUCCAGUCGCACCCUGGAGGUCCUGGACUUGGAAGGGACUGGCCUUACCAACCAGUCAGCCCAGACCCUGCUGGACAUGGUGGAAAAUUAUCCUACGGCCUUGCGGAGCCUGGUGUUGACGGAGAACAGCAUCAGCCCUGAGCUGCAGCAGCAGAUCUGUGACCUACUCUCCGAGGGAGAGGAGGAGGAGGAAGAGGCCGCCACUGGUGACGGCCGGGUCCCCCGGAGGGAUCGAGCUGGGGAACUCGAUGCUCUCCAAAGAGGUGGAGCCUGGAUCUGCCCCAGCGAUCCUGGAUCCCAGAUGGUGCUGAUGACAUCAGGGCUGGGAGACAGUCUGUUAGCUGAGACCGAGAUGUGAAUCCUGCAACUCCCCCCCUCCCCUCCCAUGUGCCCUGGUGUAUGUCCUCCAGUGUGUAUGUGUACAUGUCUCCACAUGCUGUGGUGAGCAGAGCCAGUGCCCAGGGCUCUGGUAGCCCCCUGGCCGCAGGGUGGGCAGGUGGGUGGCUCUGGCGGCUGGGAUUGACUAAAUGGCUUCGAGGCGGCACUUGUUCCCAGGGCGAUGCCCCUCGAUGGCUGCCUCCCCCGGCAGCUACGGCUGCAGCCCGCUGGCUCGGUAGAUUUUAUAAACUCCACAACCUGG